CAAAAUAAUUAAUAAUGGGAACUUGUGCUAGUAGAAAAAGCUCAGGAAAGCUUUAAAGAAGUGUUGCCUAAAAACAUAUAGAGAUCGAUUUCGAAAAGCUAUUGAAAUAUAACAAAGAAAAGGAAGCUAAGGAAGGAAAAGAACAUCUUCAGCAAUAACAAUCAUUUUGUUAAAUAUUUCUUCAAGAAAACAAAUAGUAGGCCCCUUAUUCAUUGGCCUAGAAUUUGGGACCAUCCACUUAAUUAGAAUACAAAAGAUAGUGAGAAGUGCAUCAAAAUUAUUGAUUCUUAUAUACAUAUUACUCUAAAAUGAC